AUGGCAGGGACAUUAAAUUUAAAAGAAUUGAAAGAUGAACCCAUUUUAUUUUAUGAAAAUGCAUUAAGCUAUGUUUUUUCAAAUUCAAGAGAUGAAAAUAAAAAAGAUGUUCCUACAUGUGUAAUAUAUCCAAAUGAAACUAUAAAAAUUGGUUUCCCAAUUUAUUCUAUAAAGAACAUUAACAAAAAUGAAAAUAUAUUGAAUGAUGUAGAUGUUCAGAGUAACAGAUUCAAUGAGGAACCUUUGAUAACUUACGCAUCCGAAUCAAAGCAUAUAUAUCCAAUCCGAGUAAAAUUUUAUUACACUCUUCUGUACAUGUUAAUAAUUUCCCAAAUUUUUGUUAUGAUCUUUUUUAAAGAUAAUAUUAACCGCGUAACUACUGGAGAAAUAAAUGGAAGCCAAUUUUUCGUAUUUCUUUUUAUGGCUCUCUCACAUAGCUUAGUGAUGUUGUCAAAAUUUCGAAAAGUAAAACCAUAUGUUUUUGACAUAUACACAUCGCUAAGUUUAUUUUUUUUUAUCUUAUCCAUCCUAACCAUAAAUUGUUUUAGUAGCUUUAUGAUUUCGUUACUACAGUUUUUUAUUUUUUUUUUGCAUGCUAAAAUUGAUUAUUAUGUGAUGCCUCAAUCAUGUGUGGUUCCCCCAUGA